AUGUCCACCUUCAAGUCCUCCCGGCCCGCCGUCCUCGAGCUCGCCGCGCGAUACAAGGAACUGGCCGAGGAGGCCAGCAAGGGCACAGACGGCAAGACCCCCGAGCAGAUCGAGCAAGCCGACCGUAUCCUCUUCUCCGAGAUGUGCGAGAUCUGCCUCUGGGGCAACGCCACCGACCUCUCCCUCCUCACCUCCCUCACCUAUGAAGACAUCCAGAAGCUCCAGGGCUCCGAAGCCCGCAAGGCCUCGGAGAAGAACAUCCUCGUCAACGACCUCAACGCCUCCUUCGAUGUCCUACACCAGGCCCGUCGCGACCGCAAGAACCAGGACCGCCGCGUCGACAUCGUCCUCGACAACUCCGGCUUCGAGCUCUUCGUCGACCUCAUCCUCGCCGGCUACCUCCUCUCCGCCGGCCUUGCAACCACCGUCGUCCUCCACCCCAAGAACAUCCCCUGGUUCGUCUCCGACGUCACCCCUCCAGACUUCGCCGCCCUCAUCGCCGCCCUCUCCGACCCGCAGGCCUUCUACACUGCCCCCGACGAGUCCGGCAAGACCUUCGACCCCCUUUCAGAGAAGGAAGUCUCCGAAGUCAAAUUCCUCUUCGACCACUGGAGCCACCUCCACGCCGAAGGAAAACUGAUCAUCCGUCCGCACUCCUUCUGGACCACCCCCGGAAGUUACUGGCGCAUGCCAUAUGUAGCCCCGGACCUCUUCAACGACCUGAAAGAGAGCGAAUUGGUCUUGUUCAAGGGUGACUUGAACUACCGCAAGUUGACCAACGAUGCCGCAUGGGCCCCCACAACCCCCUUCACAGAAGCCAUCGGCCCACUGGGCCCGCAAUCCGGCGUCCGCGUAAUGGCCUUCCGCACCUGCAAGGCCGACGUGGUGGUUGGUCUGCCCGAGGGUGUGGAUGAAGAGCUCCGCCAGCUGCCCAAUGGUGGGGGCGACGAGGCGAGGAAGUGGGCGUGGAGUGGGAAGUGGGCUGUUGUGUCGUUUUGUGAUGGGAAGGCUUAG